AUGGCGGAGUUUUGUCGAUCGGAUCCAGUUGUUACCCAUAAAGCAUGGUUUGACAUCACGAUCGGAGGGGUGUAUGCUGGAAGGGUUGUCAUUGGAGUGUUCGCCAGGACAGUGCCGAAGACUGCCAAGAACUUUCUUCACCUGGCUUCUGGCAAGCCUUUUGGCCGAGAUAAGGAUGUAACAUAUAAAGGAACAAAGUUCCACAGAAUCAAACCCAACUUCCUGAUUCAGGGAGGUGAUAUUGUGAACGGCGAUGGCUCAGGGGGUCGGAGCAUAUAUGGAAACAAAUUUCCAGACGAAAACUUUGAUCUUCACCACUACGGCGCAGGUUGGGUGGCCAUGGCCAACUCUGGUAAGGACACCAAUGCCUCCCAGUUCUACAUCACACUCAAGAAGACCAACUGGCUGGACGGAAAGCAUGUGGUCUUUGGCAAAGUCCUGCAUGGCAUGAAAACACUUCGCAAGAUCGAGUUAACACAGACGGACGAAAAGGACAGACCCGUCCAGGCAGUUGUCAUCGUCGACUGUGGAGUGGACAGCGUCGAGAGGCCAUUCGCUGUCCAGAGAGCACCCGCAGAGGAAAAUGAUUGACUUCUGUGUCUUCACACCCUGUCUGUGAAUAUAAAAGUCUAAUACAUUUCUUAAUUGUUUGUUGUUUUUUUAAUAAAGCUGCCGCACCUGUCAUACGCAGUACCUGAAACCACACUAGUUCAUGUAAUCUAGUUAAUUAGUGUACUUCUAUUUUUAACUAAUCCGCGUGAAUUAUGUGUGAAACAAAUCACACAAUAAACUAAAAGUAGUGUGCUGCACAUGGGAGUAAUGUUAUGUACACAAAGCUUUUAACUGGACCUUGGUCAAUUCAUAACAGAAAUUAUGCAAACUAUAUUGGUUUAUGAUACAGACGUCUUUUGUUACAUGUGGUGGCUAUCAUCCGUUACAAACUUCGCAUAAAACUGCAUACAAUAGCUCUAGUUGCACAAGAGCGAAUAUGCUUAUGGCGAAGGACUUUACCUAUUAGUAAAUAGUCGCGGAAAUUCAUAUAGAGCCUAUAUGUAGUUAUUUAUAGCAGAUUUGUGUAUUUAUUUAUAUAUGUUUAUAAUAUUAAAUUACUUUAAAUGACAAAUGUAAACACAAAUGAACGUGAGAAUUACAUUUUAAAUCAGAUGUGUACUUGGUUAUGAAUAAAGGUAAUGCCUAAAUAUCAACUUCUUUGCAUUGCCUUUUCAGUAAUUAUUUUUUUACGGCUUUUGUCCUUUCCUACUUCUGUUUCUCGGUGCACCUCUCUC